UAUCGGCCUCUGCAGAGUCCCCCUCUGACCAGGACCGGCGGAAAAACGGGCCCCGUGGGGUGGCGAGGAAGCCUGGGAAACAGGAGGACGGGGUUCGGGACAGAUGCACCAAGCACUGAGAGCCAGAUAUUACUGCGCAGCUGGAUGAGGAUUAUGAACGGAAGAGAAUGACCCAGUGUAUUUUAAAAAUGGAAAUGGAAAUGGAGAGCGGCUAUUUAUAGACGAGGGCAGAAAAUGUAAGAAGCGUGGAAAUUAUUGAUUGAUAGGGAAAAGGAAAAGGAAAAAGUUAGCGAAUGGAUUAGAGAGAAAAAGCAGACGAGCGCAGCAUGAUGUCGCUGAAUUCAGCCCGUCAGCUCUGCAAAAUGCUUCUCCCUUUGCAAGUCGUUUUCCUGAGCGUGGCGAUGGUGGGGAGCAGUGCACCAAAUGGAAAUCAGAAAGACUGCAUAAGAUCCAGUGGUGUGGACUACAGAGGGGAACAAGAGAGCUCCUCCUCAGGUCUGACCUGUCUUAACUGGACCAACUCCUCAAGGGACUAUGAUGUCAAAAUCCAUCCUGAUUUGCAGACAGGUGUUGGAGAUCAUAAUUACUGCAGAAACCCAGACUCCUCUGAGGGGCCUUGGUGCUACAUUGCUGGCCCAGAUGGGACAAUCCAGAGACAGUUCUGUGCAAUUGACACAUGCGAAGAACAAACCUCUACUGUGUCAGCAGAGGCCGAAUCACUCAACCCGACAGGAACCACUCCCUCCACAGAGAGCUUUCAGCUGGCCAAGUCAGGAGUUUCUCAGGGAGAAGAUGCUGUUGUUCAGCCAGUGAUGGGAAUCAGCCAGCGAGUGCGCACAGGACCCAAAAAGAAAAAGGACCUUGGCACACUCGGCUACGUCCUUGGCAUACUCAUGAUGGCCAUAAUAAUCAUCCUUGGAGUGGGCAUCACAUUUGGCUACUUCUAUAAGAGGGGUCGGGACUUAAAGAAGCAGCAUGACCAGCGAGUGUAUGAGCGCGAGAUGCAGAGGAUCACCCUGCCCCUCUCUGCUUUCUCCAACCCCAGCUGUGAGCUGGUAGACGAGAACACCAUCGUAAUCACAGCGGAGCACGAGACGACCCCCGACCAGGAGGGCGUAGAGGGCGGGGACCCCCUCAUGGGCCAGCAAGCCGGUACCCCCGGAGCAUGA